AUGGCCGAGAUGACGACUUCUUCAACUAGCCUAGAAGUUCCUACCGAGCCGGUGGAUGACACAUUGAAGCUACAGCAGCUUGGUAUUCAAUGUAUUUCUCCAGGCCUUUCGAGUGAGAAUAUGGACAAUAAGAUGCUGACUACCAUGCGGAUCUCCAAAUCGAUCGCGAAGGAGCAACGACGGCAAAUUGAAAAACUUGGUACUAUUAAUAACGUCGCGGAAACGUCACAGAGCGUUGAAGCGCCACCUGUGAAUGAUACUGUGCCGUCACAGGGCAGCAGUACGCUAAUGAGACCUCGUGGGAAGUCUCUGCGUAGGAAUCGGAUGCCCCGUCCGCUAAAUAUUGGUGGUACGAGUAUCAAUAAUGCCGGACCCGAUGGUCUUUGCGCACUUGCAGUUGAAUCUGCACCUGCGCAUAUUACUAAUUACCAACAGGCGCUGCAGCAGCAGCAGAACAGGGUUCUAAAGCCUCGGGUGCAGUACAUGGGGAAACAGUCGUUGCGCUAUGGUGCUGGAGGCCGCCGCGCGGGCGCGUUAGUCCAUAUGGGGUACCCGCCAUUGAUGCCCAUGUAUCCGUAUGGACCGCAGUAUUACCCGCAAUCUAGUCAACCUCAAUAUUCCGCGCCUAUGUACAUGAUGAUGCCACACCUUGCGACGGCGUGUCCGCGUAUAAACUCAUCUUACGGGCAGCAAUUUGGCCCGCAUUCUGCAGUACCCACCGCAAAGCCUCGUGUCCAAACUGGCAGUGCCAAUAAGGUUCAAGUGGAUUUUGAAAGCUUUUUGGAGGGUACUAGGCAGAACGUGAUCCCCACGCGCGAUGUAUUUGCCAACAACACAUCCAAAUGGGCACCUCUCAAGGCCCAGCCUCUUAGCGCGCAGGAGGAGUUUUUUGGUAAGCGCAGCAAGCUGUCAUCUGAUCCGGAGGUCGAUGAAAGUGGUCCAGAUGCAGAAGAUACCGCUCUGGACGUCCCGGAAGAGGACGCCUCCACUACUUUGAAAAAUGCUUCCGCGCAAGGAUCUGAGACGGUCUCUGCAAAUGCUCCCACUGCACAUGUUGUACCCGGCGAAAGCAUCAGGGGAGAAAUUACCAUCUUGGACGAUACCUUUGCAUUCGAGUUUUCCUCCAUCAAGGAUAAGACAGACAAGAAGAUGUUUAUUAGUAUUUGUGAUAAAGUCUGGGACGAAUCUAAGAAGCUUAAUAAUGGUACAGAGAAAGACAUGCAAUGA